AAAGACUUUCUUCAUCCAAUAAUUACUUAAUUUUUGUGCAUCGACCAUGACUGAUUCUUCAAUCGAAUAGUACCACUUCACACGAUCCAUACCCGACAUCAUGUGGUGGAGCCUCCUCCCAUUGACCAUUGGCGCCCUUUAUAGAAAUUUUCAUGAACUGCCCUUCCUCCAUGAAAAUCUGUGACAGAUAUAUAAGACCUCUCCAUCACUUCCUAGAGGGAAAAAGAAAAAGAAAAAAAAUACAAACUCCAGUAGCUAUCCGGCUUUGUUUACCUCCUUUCUGAAGCUUUCACUACUCCAAGUGCAAUGAAAAUCCUCACGCCCUUUGUGACCUUGUUGUUCUUAUUAUGCACAGAAGCGAGCGGGGAGACCUGCGCCCCCGCCUUCUGUAGCCGUGAGGAGCCCGUGAUCCGUUUCCCCUUCCGGAUCGGAUCCCACCAGCGUGAAUCUUGCGGGUACCCGGGAUUUGACCUGUCGUGCGACGGGAUGAACCAAACCAUACUCGAGUUGCCCAACUCAGGCAAGUUCACCGUCCUAGGCAUAGACUAUGCUGAGCAAGAGAUAUGGGUGAAUGACCCUGAGGCUUGCCUCCCCAAGAGGCUGCUCUCCCUCAACCUCUCCGGCUCACCCUUCGCCGGGGUCUAUUCCCAGGACUUCACCUUCUUCAACUGCUCCUCCAGCUACUUCAAGUACCGCCUGAACCCGAUUGCCUGCCUCAGCGGCUCCAACUACACGGUCUUCGCGACCUCCUCACCGCGCAUCGUGACCGCCCUCUCCCCCUCAUGCGCGCUCGUGAAGACCGUGACCGUCCCUGUCGAAUGGCCGUUCGACGAGCAGGUCAUCUCGUCAGACCUCAGCGUGGAUCUCCGGCUACAGUGGGGGGCGCCACAGUGCGGACGGUGCGUGUUGCGGGGCGGGAGGUGCGGGCUCAGGGGCAACUCCACCACUGAGAUUGAGUGCACCAAUAUUCGCCAGCGUGGGAUUCCGAGGGGCGCCCGCUACGCGAUCAUUGUCGGGGUCGGGAUCCCGGCGAUCCUGUUCCUCCUGGGCUUGCUUUGCUUCCUCUGUGGCAGGGUGAAGUCCUGCGCGAGAGGACGCCGCCCCGCAGUCGUCGGGGAAUUUGCCACGGCAGUCGCGCCGCAAUCCGCCCUUGUUUCGGGCCUCGACGGGGUGGUCAUUGAGUCUUACCCUAAAAUUGUUCUGGGAGAGAGCAAGCGGCUCCCGAAGCCCGAUGACAGCACUUGCUCGAUUUGCCUGUCGGAGUAUCAGCCCAAAGAGACCCUCAAGACCAUACCGCAAUGCAACCAUUGCUUCCAUGCGAAUUGCAUCGACGAGUGGCUUCGUCUGAAUGCUACUUGCCCAGUUUGCCGGAACUCGCCGCCCCAGUCUUGACAGCAUGUUUCAUGUCGUGUUCCUCUUUCUCUGGUGCUUGAAUUUUGUGUAUGAAAACUAUAAGCCACUUGACAGUUAAAAGAGGCGGUCUGUUUUUAGCUAAAAGAGCUCAA